AUGGCACACUCCAUUGAGAUUACCUCAAUAGAUAAUCAAAUUCCACUACUUCAAACUGAAAAAAAUGAGAUAGAAGAAAGGAGGAAAGUAGAUCAUAUAAUCGAGAUAAAGGAAACAAAUGGUCAAGAUCCAUAUAGGUCACAAACAAAGAAAUCUGUAAAUCAAAUCUUUGAUGAAAUGUUUGAGGAUUUGAACAAUUUGUCAAUCAAAUCGUGUACGAUAUUCAAAGUAAAUGUGGGGCAACGUGAAUCAAAUUCAGAUGCUUAUACACCAAAGAUGAUCUCUAUCGGUUCUUACCAUAAGAAAAAUCCUCAACUUCGUCCAAUGGAAAAGUACAAACUAUUAUACCUACAACAGUUUCUUCAACGAAAAGAUGGACUUGAUGUGGAAAGUUGCAUCAAUGAAUUGGAGACACUAAAGAAGGAAACAAUGAACUGUUAUAAUGAUAUAGAAGAUCUAUGUGAUGAUAGUUGCACUAGUCAAUUUUUGCAAAUGUUGUUGCUUGAUGGUUGUUUUGUGGUUGAGUUUAUUCGAGAGUGUACUGAAGGAGAAGACAACAUCAUCAAUAUUGAUGAUUGCAUAUAUGGUCAAAUACUUCGAGACUUGAUGUUACUAGAAAACCAACUUCCUUUCUUUGUUCUCAACCAACUUCAUGACAUGACAAAGCAAGAUGAUGAAUUACCAUUGGCAAUACUGGCGAUUAAUUCAUUUACCUUUUUUGUUGACUUGCCAAAAAUGACCCCUGAAUCCUUUAGAAAGACAAAAUGUAAUGAAGAAAAUAUCAAACAUUUACUUCAUGCAGUACACAUAUUUUCAUGUCAUGGGAAUCCCAUGAAAAAGUCAAAUCAUAACAAAAAGAGGCAUAUGAUCAUGCCAAAUGCAACAGAGCUUUCCGAAGCUGGAGUUAGCUUUGCAAAGAUCGGAAAUAUUAAUAGAAACAAAGACAAUAUUAGGGAUAUGACGAGUUUAUUUGAUAUAAAGUUCGAAAAUGGAUUGAUGACAAUCCCUUGUUUUCAAGUCUGUGAUGAUACAGAAACAUUCUUGAGAAAUCUCAUUGCUUAUGAGCAACAAUCAUCUGAUGUACAACCAAAAUAUUUCAGUGAUUAUGCUACUUUCAUGGAUUAUCUUAUCGACUCAGAUAAAGAUGUGAAUUUACUUCGCCGAAAAGGAAUCAUAGAGAACUGGAUUGGAGAGGACAAAGAAGUGGCUAGUCUCUUCAAUAAAAUCGGAAAUGGGGUCACUGUUUAUUCUACCUUCUAUUACAAUGAAGAAUGCAUAAAAGCAAUUCAACAUUGUGAACAACCAUGGAACAGAAUGAAGGCAAAUUUAAGGCACAAUUACUUCAAUAGUCCUUGGGCAGGAGCUUCAACUGUGGCAGCCAUCAUACUCCUCUUGCUCACAGCUACACAGACUGUUUUAGCUUUCACAGGUGCCGUUAAGUAGUAAUUAUCAUGAUUCUCUCAAUUGUAGUGUUUCCUCACAACUCCAUACAUGUAAUUUGCAUGUUGAUGAGCUUAUGAGUUUUUCAUGUCCCCCUUUUGUAUUGAUUUUUUAUAGUUGAAUGCUAAUUUAGUUUAUUUCAAGUAUCUAUACAUGUCACCUCCUACCAACAUGUAUCCGAUAACUUUAUCCACUACGCAAGCCAACACAUUAAAACCUUCAAUAUAGAUUGGCCCUACCCAAGCACAAUGUGGUUUUAAGCACUCGGGUGAUGUUUUUAGACAGCAGCUGGCCAUAUGGUUAUUUUGGGGGGUUA